AUGGACUCACCGACUACAAGUGUUGUUUCCUCAUUUCUCGAGGCUGCUUAUCAGGGCGAUAUGAAUCGCAUGAAGGAGCUUAUGGCCAGCAACUCCGGUCUAUCUGUUAAUGUUCAAGACUAUGAUAAGAGAACUCCUCUUCAUUUAGCUGCUGCUGGUGGUCACAUGGAUGCUGUCCAAUAUUUGUUGGGUGAGGGGGCUCAGCUCAAGACUGAUCGCUUCGGUAUGCUUCCUAUCCACGAUGCUGUG